AUGAAACUCGCAAGACGGUCGGAAAAGAAGAGAGUGGACAAGUUAUUGCAUGACGCUGCAAACGAGAGCAGAAAGUCAGUGGGCGUUGGCAAUCAGAGAAGAGGAAUGCGACCAAAUGGACACGUCACUUCUAUUGGAAAAAGGCCAAAGAAGCCACCACAGCGAGUUAGCGACGAAUUAGAGACAAAAAGUAAUGUGAAUGGUAAAGAGAAGAAACAUAUGACGUCAUCAAGAGAUGAGGAAACGAGAGAUGAUUGUGAUAAGUUGAUUGCACGUGCAGGAGAGCUGAUGCAGCACGGUGUGGCUGGUUAUGAUGCUGCUCUUGACAUGCUGGCUUGGUGUGCACUACAGAACGAGUCGCAUGCGGCUGCAAGAUGGAACAUGGCUGUUAUUCUUAUAAAAGCAGGAAGGAACGAUAAAGCGAUUUACCACAUGCAAGCAGCCGUGGAGAUCGAGCCUCACAACGUGGAGUAUCUUCGAGGCACUGGACUAAUGACGAUCAAUAGAUCUGCGAGUGAAGACUUGCAGUUUCUAGUUGCGGAAGGCAAACAGCUUCUCGACGUUCUCGAUAAACUUUUGAUGUCGUAUUUGAAGCAAAGAAUGUUGAGGAAAUCUGAUUAUUUAUAUCAAGUUCUAGUUAAUAUCUACUCAGAGGACAGCAGUCUGCAUGCUUCGUAUGCAUUGUUUGCUUUCGGGAUUGGGAAGAUUGCAACCGGUAUUCACCACUUACGACGUGAAAUGGAACUCAAGUUUGUGGAGCAAAAGAUGGGAAACAAAGACGAUGCGUUUGCAGUCAUUGAAGCACACGCAUUGCGGUUGCUAACGACAGUCUUUGAUGCUCACAUCGUGAAUAUCGGUCGUAACAUUCUCAUUUCAACACACACAGAAAUGGUCGAUUUGCUGGCAGAAAACUGUGGCAACGACGUCGUGGAGAUGAUUGGAAAUUGGACAUUGAACGUUUCCUUGUCUCAACCGAGAGACGUCUUUGUGACGUAUUUAUUGACACAAAACGUGUUGGAUGCAUUGCUGAGCGUGAAUGGUGCUCUUUUCUCUGAAAAUGUGUUUGGUUGGAGAGGCCUCCUUCAUGCUGCUCUACUGGGUGACACUCGUGCAUUUGACAUUUUCCUUGGUGCUAGAGCUGACGUGCAAGGUCGCACGUUUCUUGGUCUCACCGUAAUGCACGUUGCUGCAAUGAGAGGACAUCACCAUCUCGUGCAGCACAUCAUAUCGGCCGGUUUGAAUGCCGAUACGCUCGACUACUACAACCGAUCGGCUCUCGACGUGGCAUGCAUGCAUCGCUGGUCGAUACUCGAGUUUUCAAAAGCAACAGGAAAGGAACCAAACUGCUCAUUGACACCAUCAUAUGAUUCUAAACCCGAUCGAUAUCCUGAUGGUUCAUAUUUGGCUGCCGGUUUUGAAUUACCGACGUCUCUGACGUCUGAAAGGUGCGAUUUUGAUGUAGGAGCGAGCAUGACACCUGAAGAGUUUUUGCGUGAUUAUCUAACAAUUCAGCGACCCGUUUUGAUCCGCAAUGCAACCGGCAACUGGACUGGAUUGAGACACAAGUGGCAACGUCACAAUUUGGAUGCCAAAUAUGGAAAGCUGACCUUCGAGCACGUCAUCAUACCUUACGCUCAAUUCUCUCAUCGGCAGCUUCCGGAUGUCGGCAUGUCAUCAUUGCCUCCUUAUAUUUUUGAUUCGUUGAGCAGCGAGUCUCCUCUGAUGUCCAACUUUUCUAUUCCUUUGUUUCUCGAUCGUGACAUUAUACACAUAACAACACAGACGGUGCAAUUCUACAUGUGCCCUCCUCUAUCUGGUGCUCCCGUUCACUUCCAUCGUUCGGCAUGGAAUGCGUUGGUGUAUGGCAAGAAGCGAUGGUUCGUGUAUUCUCCAACGAAAUCGUUCCAUUCAAUGCAGCACAUCUGGUUGUGGUAUAACAAGGUGUAUAUGGGUAGACGAGAUGCUCUGGAGUGUGUACAGAGUGGUGGGGAUGUCGUGUUUAUACCCGACUUGUGGGCACACGGGGUAGUGAAUUUGAGGGAGAGUGUGGGGUUUGCGUCAGAGUUUAUAUUCAGAUGGUCGGAGUUUUCACUGUAAAUGAGAAUGAAUGGUCAAUAGAGCAGCUGGUCU